CGCAAAGUCAACAUAACGCAGCAAACCUACAACAAUUAUUAACAUUUUUCUGGGGUCCUCAUGAGGCCGGGGGCUCAGUCAGAGGAGGAGAGGCGCUCCGGGAGCAGGACCAGCUUUCCGCGCGACGCACCGCAGCCUUCCCCGUGUCAUGACUCUAUACCACGGCCGGCUGCCGCCGCUCGGAGUCUCAUCCCAGGCUCUGAGCCUCUCCGGACCUCCCUUAAUCUACUUGUACGGGGGGGACAGCGGAGGGGUCGUGCCCGGCGCGCUGAGCUUCGUACCGGGCCGCCAGGAGCCCCCCCAGAAGCCGCCCUACAGUUACAUCGCGCUCAUCGCCAUGGCCAUCAAGAGCGCGCCGGGGCAGCACGCCACGCUCAGCGGCAUCUACCAGUUCAUAAUGGACCGGUUCCCGUUUUACCACGACAACAAGCAGGGCUGGCAGAACUCGAUCCGGCACAACCUUUCCCUGAAUGACUGCUUCAUCAAGGUGCCAAGAGAGAAGGGCCGACCGGGCAAAGGCAGCUACUGGACGCUGGACACCAAGUGUCUGGAUAUGUUUGAAAACGGAAACUACCGCCGGAGAAAGAGGAAGGCCAAGAGCCAGCACGAGCUUCUGGACAGUAAAGCCACUGGACACAAGCGGAUCAAGGGCCCGGGGCCAUCUGGGGACCCUCAGAAUUCCCUGAGACACCCGACUGACUCAGGAACAACCCAGGUUCCAACCAGAGAAGACGCAGAUGUGAAGGACGCGCAACCAGACACCAAACCGGUUCUUGUUGACUCUAACCACGCGGAACAGCAGCAGAACCCCCCCGGAAAGAGAAUCAAAGCGUCUCCCAGCCGCGACCCCCGCGUGAAUGCUCUGUGGAGGCAGGACAUCCAUCAACCUGAGCCUCAUUCUGCUCCGCUUUGGCUGGAUGGCGCACUCCUCCACCAGGAGUCGGAGGAGAGAAGGUCGGCGUUCACUGGAAGAGAGAGGGGUCCCCUCUGCGCGGUGAGCGGCGCUGGAAACACCAACCUGGCCGCUCUGAGACCGGAAGCGCCGAAAGGAACCGUCCCGAGGACGGUCAGACCCAAAGGCUUCACCAUCGAGAGCAUCCUGUCGAGAAGCGAAGAAGAAACGCGCCACAGCCUCCAGGACGAGUCCGCGGCGAGUCCGGCUCUCAGCUCCGCGCUGCUGCUCAGUGCUCGGCAGCAUCAGAUCUACCAGAUGGGAUUCCCCUUCUGCUCCUAUCUGUCGCUCACCUGUCCCGACAAGGUGCUGCAUUUCUAAUGCUUUUAACCGUGGAGACUGUGGAUUUUACGCGCAGAUGCGUAAAAAUAUCCGUUUAUAGCUUGAUGUGACGAAUUACUGCGAAACGCCGCAUCAUCACCUGUUACCAUCAUCAUCAGGUGAUAGGUGGCGUUCAGGUUCAUCUUCACGCAUGCGUAUAUGUCUUUUCCAUUGAAAUUUGCUCAGCAAAAUGUGCUUCAAACAUGUUUCCACUGAUGUGUGAAUGUUGAAGAAACUGGCUUGUAUCAGACUUUUGGCUCUUUAAAGUAAUAUUUUUGUAAUUUAAUGAAAAAAGCUGAGUUUUCUGACCAGGCAUGAAGUUGCUGAACAGUGUGAGGAGUUAGUUUUAUACUCAACCAUGUAACCAAA